AUGAACGGGAAAAAGUCGCCUCAUCCUGCUGCCAAAGCAAGUGCCAAUGGGCACAAUAGUCCCCCUGUUGGUCCAGAAACAACUAUCGCUGGACCGGGUGCAGACCAGCCACAGGCUGAGGAAAAGAGAGUGGUGGACGAGCCACCAGAUGGAGGCUAUGGUUGGGUCUGCGUGGUGUGCACUUUCUUCAUAAACGCACAUACAUGGGGCAUCAAUUCUUCCUACGGUGUCUUUCUUGCAUACUACUUGGCCAACGAUUACUACCCCGGAGCGUCAGCACUAGAGUUCGCUUUUAUCGGAGGUCUCUCGAUAUCCCAGGCUCUGUUAAUAUCGCCACUCGCAACGUACAUUACACGAGUGUAUGGAACAAGAACUACAUUAUUACUCGGCGUUGCUCUUGAGACUCUUGCGUUAAUCAGCGCAUCUUUCACACAUGAGAUAUGGCAGCUGUUUCUCAGUCAGGGUGUUUGCUUCGGGUUUGGCAUGGGGUUUCUCUUCGUGGGCUCUGUCGGUAUCGUACCACAAUGGUUCACAAGGAAGAGAAGUCUUGCCAAUGGUAUCGGCACUGCGGGUAGUGGCCUUGGGGGCUUGAUGUACAGUUUAGCUACAAACGCGAUGAUUGAUCGACUUGGUGUAGAAUGGGCUUUCAGGAUUCUGGGGAUACUGGCCUGUGCGGUCAAUUGCACUUGCGCCAUGCUAAUAAGGGACCGUAACAAGGCUAUUGGAUCGAUUCAGCUGGCCUUCGACUAUACGCUGUUCAAAAGACCUGCGUUCUUGCUCUUACUAGGAUGGGGCUUCUUCAGCAUGAUGGGUUAUAUCGUCUUACUCUUUUCACUGCCGAAUUAUGCCACCAGCAUUGGCUUAAGCGCGCAGCAAGGAUCCAUUAUCGGGGCAGUACUUAAUCUUGGGCAGGCGCUUGGUCGUCCUCUUGUGGGGAUCUUCUCAGACAAGGCUGGCCGCAUCAAUCUGGCAGGGCUUUGCACGUUCAUUGGUGGUCUAUUCUGCUUCGUCAUUUGGAUAUUCGCCAAGAGCUAUGGUGUCUUGGUCUUCUUCGCCAUCAUCGUUGGUACCGUCGCAGGUACGUUCUGGACCACGAUUGCACCUGUCGGAGCGGAAGUCGUGGACUUGAAAGAGCUACCCUCUGCUUUGUCUAUUGUCUGGAUAGUCCUAGUCCUUCCUACAACGUUCGCUGAGCCCGUAGCACUCGAGUUAAGGCAAAAAAGUGGAAAUAUUUACCUCCACGCCCAGAUCUUCACAGGCUUCAUGUACGUAGCGGCAGCAGUGUGCAUGUGGUUCUUGCGAGUUUGGAAGAUUGGGCAGAUUGAGCAGAUCGCCGCAGAGCAAGAAAAGAAGCCCGAUGAUAUAGAUGCCGCAUCUGCUGAGCCGGUGGAUGACCGGGCUGUCUCUUUCGCGGCGAAGAAACCUAAAAGCACUGUGUUGAAACGCCUCUUCAUACGGAAGAAGGUGCAUCUCCAAACCGGUCAAUGCGGUAACCAAAUUGGUGCUGCUUUCUGGCAGACUAUUUCUGGCGAGCAUGGACUCGAUGGCUCUGGCCAAUACAAUGGAACAUCUGACCUCCAGCUGGAGCGUAUGAACGUCUACUUCAAUGAGGCAUCAAACAACAAAUAUGUCCCUCGUGCUGUCCUCGUCGAUCUUGAGCCUGGUACCAUGGACGCCGUCCGCGCUGGUCCUUUCGGCCAACUUUUCCGACCCGAUAAUUUCGUCUUUGGUCAAUCUGGUGCUGGUAACAACUGGGCCAAGGGUCAUUACACCGAGGGUGCGGAAUUGGUGGACCAGGUCCUUGAUGUUGUGCGUCGUGAGGCUGAAGGAUGCGAUUGCCUCCAGGGGUUCCAGAUCACGCACUCUCUCGGUGGUGGAACUGGUGCUGGUAUGGGUACGCUUUUGAUCUCGAAAAUUCGCGAGGAGUUCCCAGACCGUAUGAUGGCUACAUUCUCCGUGGUCCCUUCACCAAAGGUAUCCGACACCGUCGUGGAGCCAUAUAACGCUACUCUAUCCGUGCAUCAGUUGGUCGAGAACUCGGAUGAAACCUUCUGUAUCGAUAACGAGGCGCUCUACGACAUUUGCAUGCGUACCCUCAAGCUCUCCAACCCAUCUUAUGGAGAUCUUAACCAUCUUGUCUCCGCAGUCAUGUCAGGUGUCACCACCUGUCUCCGUUUUCCCGGUCAACUCAACUCGGAUCUCCGCAAGUUGGCCGUCAACAUGGUACCAUUCCCCCGUCUACAUUUCUUCAUGGUUGGCUUCGCACCUCUCACUAGCCGUGGUUCUUCCUCAUUCCGCGCGGUCACUGUACCAGAAUUGACUCAACAAAUGUACGACCCCAAGAACAUGAUGGCCGCGUCCGACUUUAGAAACGGCCGCUACCUGACCUGCGCUGCGAUCUUCCGUGGUAAGGUCUCCAUGAAGGAAGUGGAGGACCAGAUGCGCAACGUUCAGAACAAGAACGCCUCAUACUUCGUCGAGUGGAUCCCCAAUAACGUUCAGACCGCUCUCUGCUCCAUUCCUCCGCGUGGCUUGAAGAUGUCUUCGACCUUCAUCGGCAAUUCGACCUCCAUUCAGGAGCUGUUCAAGCGUGUUGGUGACCAAUUCACUGCUAUGUUCCGUCGUAAGGCUUUCUUGCAUUGGUAUACUGGUGAGGGAAUGGACGAGAUGGAGUUCACUGAGGCUGAGAGCAACAUGAACGACUUGGUAUCCGAAUACCAGCAAUACCAGGAGGCUUCAGUCUCGGAGGGCGAGGAAGAGUACGAGGAGGAGGCUCCUGCCGAAGGCGAGGAAUAG